GCGGCAGACCCUUCUGGAAUAAGUUGCGCGUUUUCCUUUGCAGUUAUUCUUUACUGCCAACAACAUGUCUGACGAUCACAAGCAACAAGCGCUCGCCGAAAAGGAACUCGGCAAUCAAGCCUACAAGAAGCGUGAAUUUGAUGUGGCUUUGACUCAUUAUGACAAGGCCUGGGAACUUGAUAACACCAACAUCACCUUCUUGACCAACAAGGCUGCUGUGCUCUUUGAGCAAGAAAAGUACAACGAAUGUAUCGAAGUGUGUCAAAAGGCCGUUGAUACCGGCCGUGAACUGAGAGCUGAUUAUAAGCUCGUCGCCAGAGCUCUUCAGCGCAUUGGCAAUGCCUAUGUCAAACUCAAUCAGUUAGAUGAUGCUAUCAAUUUCUACGGAAAGUCUCUUACGGAACACCGCACUCCCGAAACUCUUCAGAAGCUCCGUGACACUGAAAAACAAAAGAAGGAACUUGAAAAGGCUGCUUAUCACAAUCCCGAAUUAGCCGACAAGGCUCGCGAGGAGGGUAACAAGCUCUUCAAAGAGAGCAACUGGCCCGGCGCCAUUGAACAGUACACUGAAGCUAUCAAGCGAAAUGAAACGGACGUUCGCCCAUAUUCCAACAGAUCUGUCUGUUAUUUGAAGUUGAUGGCUAUUCAUGAAGCUCAAAAGGACGCCGAGAAAUGUAUUGAACUGGAUCCCACUUUCGCUCGUGGUUAUAUUCGCAAGGCUGCUGUCCAAUUUGCAAAGAAGGAAUUCCAAGAUGCCAUCGAUACUUUGAAGGAAGCUCAAUUACAUGAUAAGGAUGGCAAGUGCGCGCGUGAGAUUCAGCAACAAAUGAUGAAAGCCUACACUGCAAUGAAUCCUAUGCAUUCCGGUGGUGAGGAAUCUCAGGAAGAGGUCCUUAGACGUGCAGCGCAAGAUCCUGAGAUUCAGCAAAUUCUUCAGCAAAUGCAGCAAGAUCCUAAGGCUGCCCAGGAGCAUUUGAAGAACCCUCAAGUCGCAGCAAAUAUCCGCAAACUGAUGACCGCUGGUAUUCUUCGAAUGGCUUAAGUGGAGUAGUUGACUGCCGAUCAUUUUGUUUGGACGAUCUGUUGGUGAUAGCUGUUCCUUUUUAUUUUUCAUGAGGUUACUGUGUUAGUCAGUCUAUAGGCUAACAUUUGGGAAUAAUACAUAAUCUAAGAUGAAUUACAACUUGAAUUUCUAUUAUUCAGUUUAUGGAAGCCUUUUUCGUUUCUG